AUGCUCGGACAGCCACCCCUAAAGAACCUUGCAUCCCGCCAGCAGGACGAGGAACCCGCUGCAGCGACUGGAGAGGAGCUGGGCAAAGCAGAGGGCAAAGCAGCCAGCGAAGCCGCGGGCGAGGCUGCGGGCGAGGCCUCGGGCGAGGCCGCGGGCGAGGCCUCGGGCGAGGCCUCAGGUGAGGCCAAGGCCAUGGGUGAGACCGCGGGCGAAGCCGCGGGCGAAGCGGCUGGUGAAGCAGCGGUACCGAAGGAGGCAGAGGCCUCCCCGAGCGCGGCGUCAGCACCGGCGGCCUCCGAGGAAGGGAAGGCAGAGGCGGCAGAGGCGGUAGAGGCAGAGGUGCCGGAAACCGCAAGACUCGAACAGCUCGAAACACCCGAAGGUGAAUCGGGCCAAACUCAGGAAGCUGAAAAGAAGGCUGACGCAGUUGACACGCCUGAGGCUGCUGAGGCUCCGGCGGUGAAGCAAGAGGGGGCCCAGGAGGGCCAGGACCUCGCCAAGGCGGCCCGAGACUUUCUCGGCUCCGUCACCGGGGCCGUGUCUCCCAUGGCUGAAAGAAGCGCUCACAGCGCCACCAAGAGCCCAACCUCCCAAAGCGAGGGCGCAAAGGAUGCCAAGGAUGCGAAGACCUUGGCCGAGCAUGAGCACGAGCAUGAAGAGACGGAUCACGAGGAGCAUGAGUUUGGGGAGACUGCCCAUCUUGUGGAGAUCGAAGCUGAGGAGGAUCCCGAGUUUGAGCAGGAGGCUCAGCAGGAGGAGGAGGUGGAGGAAGAAGAAGAAGAGCCUUUGUACAAGGAGGAGGAGCUUGGACCACCGAUUAACAUCUACAAGCCCGUGACGCCUUAUGAGGUCAACUGGGAGAUCGUUGAGGCUCCCGCAGACGGGGGCGCAGGUGGAAUGCAAGGAUCCAAGAAAGUCGGGAAGGUUGUCAAGCCAAAGGUGAUCAAAGGCCGGUGUCAGUGGCGCAACCCCGUAGGGUUCAUGUGCUCAACAGACCUCUCGGAGGCAGCCGAGUAUGAGCCGUGGCCAAACGACAUGUUUGCUGUCUACACGUCGACCCAGGGAGGAGACAGCAAGGACAUGUCCUGGGUCGAGGGGGUCACGUUGCUGAGCUCCGAGGGGCAGAACAUCAUUGCCUUCAUCUUGCUGAUGGCCUUUCUCCGGGACCACCAGGAGCUCUACGUGGAUGUAGAUCUCAUGGACGGGCGCAUCUACUCCAUGAAAGGUCCCGGGGGGCUCGAGCUAACUCCUGGCGAGGAUCAGGUUCUUCUCUGCGAGGAUAUAGAAGUCAUCAACGAUGUGCGAAAGGCUCUGUCCGAGGCCUUCUAUAGCAAAGCCUCGCCAAAGAUCACCACCGUGCAUGAGGAGGAUGGUAUCGACUUCUCUGGCACACGAGGCAGACGCGAUGACGAGCCCGUGCCCCAAGUGUCUUCCGAGCCCCGGGUGUCGGAAGCUUUGGAUCGCCUCCUUUCAGUGCUGCGGGAGUGCUCCACGCGCAUGGAAAGCAUCGACGAUGACACAUGGAACCAGCGCAUCCGCCUGUCCAAGCCGACUCGACAGAUCAUACCUCUUCAUCAGGCGAGCAAGCGGAAGGCUUCAUCGUCCUCGGAUCAGCUCUUCACUCUCUUCGAGCCCCUAGCAGACCUUGAACAGGCCCGAGCGGCGGCAGAGCGCCAGGAGCGGGAAGAGGAAGAACGCCGGCGGCGAGCCGAAGAAGAGAAACGAAGAAGAAAAGAGAUGGAACGCCAGGCUAAGGAAGAGGCAAGAAGACAGAAGCAGCUGGAGCAGCAGAGGGCAAGAGAGGAGGCGAAACGAGCCAAGGGCAAAGGUAAAGGCAAGGAUGAAGCCAAGGGCAAGGGCAAGAAGGACAGGAAGCAGCAGCAACAGCAGGGGUACAACCAGCAGUACCAGCAAUACCAGCCGCAGCAACAGCAGCAGCAGCCGCAGCAGCAGCAGCAGCCGCAGCAGAAUUCCAAGAAAGGCCGCCGAGGUGGUGGCCAGCCGGGCCCCUCGAGUUCGGCGGCUGCAAGCAGCGGGGACGCGGCAUUGCAGCAGGUCUACACAAUGCCAGAUUUGCCACCCGACUGGGUCGCGGUACCCGACCAGGCGUCUGGACGGCCGUACUUCUGGAACCCCACCACCGGUGAAGUGACCUGGUCCAAGCCGGGUAUGAUGAUGCCGCCCAUGCCAAUGUUUCAGCCCCCAAUGUUUUUCCAGCAGUAG